AUGCAGUACCUCGGACGUUACCGGUUCCAGGGCACGGGCCACCCUCCCUUGCCUUCAACUGGCGCGUAUCAAAUCAGUGUGCAAACCAGUGCGCAGUACCCUAUGCAGAACGACAUCGUUGAUAUAGGGUGCCCUGGGCUCUUCACCCAUCUUCUUGAUGGUCUCCACGAUUUACAUCGCCAACCAUUUCCCCACGUUCCCAACCCACCCUCCGUCAAAAAACGCGCCUCGGUCGCUGUGAUUCUCCACGUCCGACCAAGCUAUGACCACUGGCCCGAAGCCUCCUUCCAUGAUAAGUCCGAAUCGCCGACUGAGAAACGUCUCAUCGAUUUCUUUGCGCAGGACUGGGUACAAAACGGCGAGCCGGAAGUAUUGUUCAUCAAACGCUCCUCCCGGGUGGGGGAUCGAUGGACUGGUCACGUAGCAUUACCUGGCGGGAAGAGAGACCCCCAAGAUGAGGAUGAUCUAGCUGCGGCCAUUCGAGAGGCUGAGGAGGAAAUUGGUAUUGAUUUGACUGGCCCAGAUUGUAUUGCUGUGGGAAACCUCCCGGAGCGAGUGGUCUAUGCCAACUUCGGGUCUGAAAUUCUGAUGGUUCUUUGUCCCUUCGUGUUCGUCGUCACCAGCAGCAGCAUUCCACCUCUUCGUUUGCAACCUACCGAAGUAGCAUCAAUCCAUUGGGUCCCGCUGCGCGCUCUCCUGUCACCUUCUCUACGAACCGUUGAAAAUGUGGAUGUGUCCCAACGGUUGCGACUGGCAUUGCCAGGUGGAUUCAUGCCUCGUGCUGCAAUCCGUUUUUUGAUAGGCCAAAUGCAAUUCUCGGCCAUCCGACUAAUCCCCUCCGAGAGCCAGUACUGCACUACGGUUAAAGGCUUUAUCCCUAAUGCUAACAACCAAGCGGAUUCGACUGACACUGCUCGACCACUGCUGCUUUGGGGACUGACUCUUGGGGUCAUGACUGAUUUCCUCAACAUGCUCCCACCCCACCGCUCAAUUCAACAGUGGGAAUAUCCUACUUUUACUGCCCCUGAUCUGCGUUUUAUUGUGGGCUUAAUGACCUCCGGUCUGAGGAAGCGUAAUACCUUUAAUGCUACUACAGGCACUCGGCCUCGCCCAGCGUCCGAUAAAAGGUGUUGGACUGGUCCUGUUGGGGUCUUGGGUCUUGGUGUGGCACGAUACUAUGGUCUGAAAGACCGUCCCACAGAUGGGACUAACUAUGCUGUGGGCAUCCUGUUGCGCGGAUAUUACCAGCGUAUUCGCCAAGCCAUCUAUGUAUUCCUAGCAUGGCGUGCAGUGGUUGUUUCGAUCACUGGCAUACUUGCAUGGCGCUUCCUCCUACCCCGUUGA